AGGGACCAGGAGCGGAAGGGGCUCAGGGCCGGGGUUGUGUUCGCACCCUCGGCCGGGCUUGGGGGGGUUUCCCGAUGUGGUCCCCGGAGCGGGAGGCCGAGGCUCCGGCCGGGGGAGACCCGGCGGGCCUCCUGCCCCCGGAGUGGGACGAGGAUGAGGAGCGCAUGUCCUUCCUGUUCUCCGCCUUCAAGAGGAGUCGCGAGGUGAACAGCACCGACUGGGACAGCAAGAUGGGCUUCUGGGCGCCGUUGGUGCUGAGCCACAGCCGCCGCCAGGGGGUGGUGCGCCUGCGGCUCCGGGACUUGCAGGAGGCCUUCCAGCGCAAGGGCAGCGUCCCGCUGGGGCUGGCCACCGUGCUGCAGGACCUGCUGCGCCGAGGGGAGCUGCAGCGAGAAUCCGACUUCAUGGCCAGUGUGGACAGCAGCUGGAUCUCCUGGGGGGUCGGCGUCUUCCUGCUGAAGCCCCUCAAGUGGACUCUCUCUAACAUGCUAGGGGAUAACAAGGUUCCAGCCGAGGAGGUGCUGGUGGCCUUGGAGCUGCUGAAGGAGAAGGCCGAGGAGGUGUAUCGUCUGUACCAGAACUCGCCCCUGUCCUCCCACCCCGUGGUGGCUCUGUCGGAGCUGAGCACCCUGUGCGCCAACUCCUGCCCAGACGAGAGGACCUUCUACCUGGUGUUGCUUCAGCUGCAGAAGGAGAAGAGAGUCACGGUCCUGGAGCAGAAUGGGGAGAAGAUUGUGAAGUUUGCCCGGGGCCCGCAUGCCAAGGUGUCGCCGGUCAACGACGUGGACGUGGGCGUCUACCAGCUGAUGCAGAGUGAGCAGCUCCUCUCACGCAGUGAGUCCUUGUCCCAGGAAGCUGAGAGGUGUAAAGAAGAAGCCCGACGUGCAUGCCGAACGGGAAAGAAGCAACUGGCACUGAGGUCUCUCAAGGCUAAGCAACGGACGGAGAAGCGCAUCGAGGCCCUGCACGCCAAGCUGGACACUGUACAAGGCAUCCUGGAUCGAAUCUACGCCUCGCAGACAGACCAGAUGGUUUUCAAUGCCUACCAAGCGGGAGUGGGGGCGCUGAAGCUCUCCAUGAAGGACAUCACCGUGGAGAAGGCCGAGAGCCUCGUGGACCAGAUCCAGGAGCUCUGUGACACCCAGGAUGAAGUCUCGCAGACUCUAGCUGGCGGCGUAACCAACGGUUUAGACUUUGACAGUGAGGAACUGGAGAAGGAGCUGGACAUCCUCCUGCAGGACACCACCAAAGAUCCUCUGGACCUUCCCAGCAGCCCCCACGAGACGCUCUAUACCAACAGUGUGCCUAGCCCGAGGAUCUCGGAUGCCGAACUUGAAGCUGAACUUGAGAAACUGUCCUUAUCAGAGGGAGGUUUGGCCCCCAGCAGUAAAUCUCCAAAAAGGCAAUUGGAGCCAGCUCUCUGAAGCCAUCGGAGGACCUCAACGGAAGGACCUCAUGUACUAGAGACAGCUCAGUGUGUGUACAUAGUAAUUUAAAUGAGAAGCACUCGGAAUCUGUGGGGAGAGGAGGAAGGAGAACCGCUUGGAUGUGUCUGGAUGCCGCCACUCACGACUGGACAGAUAGGAUUUUGGAAGCGAUGCCGCUAAGGUGUGCUCCACCUGGUGUCCCGGACCUGCCUUCUUGUCUUCUAGUGCCACCGUUGAUACAGUUCUGUGUUCGCCCUGUCGUCUCGCAUCGCCUGCGUUCUUGCCCUGGGCUCGGGUUUGUCUUCACCCACCAGCCCCGUUCCCGCCAGUGAAGGUGGACGGUUUACCCCUUUGCCGCCCCACCGCCCUGCCCCCCACCCCCAGGCAUUCUGAGAGGCAUCUGCCAUCUGUCAUGCCAGGACAACCGCUCCCCCCCUCCGGUCCCACUCUUGCCAUUGGCAAAGAGAAGAAGGUGUCAUGAGUUUCACUCGCAAGAGGGACUUAACAGCUGCUACUUCGUGGAGAAACACACAGUGCUCCUGAUUUUCCUGUAGGGUUGCCCGUCACCUUUUUUCACGUGUGCAGAACGUGGUCAGUCCUGCGUGUCCCUAGCCACAGGGUCAGGAGAGGGCUCCUGGUGGUCGUGUCCAUCUUACCCAGAAGCAGACCUACCGAUGGGGGCAAGGAUGAAUCUUGGUCUCUUGAACUAGAGUGGGGAGAAAGCCCAGGUAACCGCGGGGCCCUCAACCUGUCCAAACCAUACUUUUUUAAAAGACCUAACUUUUUUUGGCCUGGGUCCUGCCGUGGAAUAACUUAAUAUACAUAUAUAUAUAUUUUUUCCCCCAGAGCAAGCCACACCAUACCACACCCCCCUUCUUGAGCAGGGCAGACCCCGACAGGCUCCCCGCGUGGUCCUGCUCAGGGCAGGGGGUCCGAGCCAGAAUGUGCAAUAGGAGCCGCCAGUUGUGGCCGCCCUCCCGCUCGCCGUGCGCUUCCUUGGGCCCCGUUACGCACGGGGCCUUGCCCGCUGCAGGCUCGUCCUCCCCUUCCUGCUGGGGAUGGGGGGGGGGGUGUAAAGGGCAGACGGGAGGGUCCGAAAGUUCCUGCAAUGUGGAGAAGAAAGACGACAGCCACACUGCCGCGUGGCUGCGGGAACGAGGACCGGGCCCGGCCGCCCCUGCCCUCCCCUCCCCGGCAGCCCGGAGGACCUGGAG